AGCGCAUCGACGUCACCGGAAUCCGCGGGAUCCUGCGUCGAAAACGAAGCUUUGAUCCGAAACAAUUGACUGGGGCAACGGCCGAGGCAGAGGCAUUCCUAAACACAGCAAGCAUGCGCUCAUCACGGACGGUUCUGGCCUCGGCCGGUGCCGCCGCAGCUGCCGCGGCCGCCGUGAGUCAUAAUCCGGCAUCUCGCGCCUGCCGCUCCUGUUUCACCUGCCUCACCCGGCUGCCCGUCCACCAGCGCCGCGCCUUCUCUCGCUCCGCGCCCCGGCAUGCCGCCCCUUCUAGUCCGUCGCCGGCCGGUCUCGUAGAGCUGACGUCCCGCAAGCUCAUCUCGGUCUCGGGCCCGGACGCGGCAAAGUAUCUCCAGGGCGUCAUCACGGCGAACCUGACCCCGGGCUACGCCGGAUCCAGCCCCACCAGCGAGCACAUCCGCACCGACUCCGGCUUCUACGCCGCCUUCCUGACCGCCCAGGGCCGCAUCCUCCACGACGUCUUCAUCUACCGCGACCUGCGCGACACCUCGCACCCGCCCGGCCACAGCUGGCUGGUCGAGGUCGAUGCCGCCGAGGCCGACCGCCUGCAGAAGCACAUCAAGCGGUACAAGCUGCGCGCAAAGUUCGACAUCCGCGUGCUGGACGACGGUGAGGGACGCGUCUGGCACGCCUGGGACGACAACAGCGCCAGCCCGUCUCCCAUCACCACUCUUACUUCUUCGUCGUCCUCGUCGUCGCCGACAACGACAAUCAUCACCGCUCCCGACACGCGCGCCCCGAACCUAGGCCACCGCAUCCUCACCUUCUCUCCCCCCUCCUCCUCCUCCUCCUCCUCGUCUUCUUUUUCUUCUUCUUCUUCCUCCCCGCUCCCGCAGAUCGCGGCGGACGGCCGGUUCCCCCUCCUCCCGGAGGCCGCCUACACCCUCCGCCGGUACCUGCACGGCGUCCCCGAGGGCCAGGCCGAGCUCCUGCACGGCCAGGCCCUGCCGCACGAGAGCAACCUGGACCUGACGGGCGCCGUCGACUUCCGCAAGGGCUGCUACGUCGGCCAGGAGCUGACCAUCCGCACCGAGCACCGCGGCGUCGUCCGCAAGCGCGUCCUGCCCUGCCUCCUGUACCCCGACCACGACGGCGGCGGUAGCGCGCCGGAAAUAACAACCACAACGACGACGUCGUCCUCCGCCUACUACUCCUUCUACCGCCCCGAGAUCGCACCCGGCCUGAGCGCCGACAUGGUCCCCCCGGAGGCGAGCAUCGGCCGGGUUGGCAGGAAGGGGCGGAGCGCGGGCAAGUGGCUGCGCGGCGUCGGCAACGUCGGCCUCGCCCUGUGCCGGCUCGAGAUCAUGACCGACGUCGCACUGCCCGGCGAGACGGGCGGGCCGGCCUUUGCCGAGGCCGAGGACGAGUUCGUCGUCGGCCUGGGUGGAGGCGACGGCAGCGACGGCGGGGACGGCGGGGACGGAAACGAGACGGCGGCGCCCAAGGUGAGGAUCAAGGCGCUCGUGCCGGACUGGUUGAGGAAGGGGUUGGCGGACAAGGAGCGGCAUUGAGGGGCAAUGUAUAAAAAUAAGCAGGCAAUCUUUUGGAGUCGGUUGGGUGGGUGGCUUGGUGCAUGUACGAUAGUAAUUGUAUACUAAUAGUAUAGUACCUUGAGAGUCGAGACGUAACGGUCGAGGUUUUUAUUGAAGACACAAUAACUUGACAUCGCUGAUUCGGGGCCACCCCAUCCAUCCCACGCCGGAAAUGAUUCCUUGAUCACUUUGAUUGCGUUGAGCGAUAAGCGGCAGGGCCUUGAAGAGCGAGUAUUAGAAAUAAAGCUC